AUGAUGCUUCAAAGAUUGCUGGCGACUCUUUUCGCUGCGACGGUGGCACCUGUCAUCGCCGGUGUCUUGCCUCCAAGGCAAGUACCAGGUGCUGCACAAGGCGUGACAACUAUCACCAGUCCCGGUGGCUCGACAAUACGCUACAAACAGCCCGGCAAAGAUGGCAUUUGUGAGACCACUCCUGGAGUCAACUCUUACAGUGGAUACAUCGAUAUAGCCCCAGACGUGCACAUCUUUUUCUGGUUCUUCGAAUCGCGUAGAGAUCCUGCAAAAGAUCCAGUGACACUCUGGCUGAAUGGUGGCCCGGGUUCUGACUCCUUGAUUGGUCUUUUUGAGGAAAUUGGACCUUGCGAAGUGGUCGAGAACAUGACCACCGUUCUUCGGGACUACGCUUGGAAUGAGAUUUCGAACGUCUUAUUCCUCUCACAGCCAAAAGAAGUGGGAUUUCUCGACCCCACGUACCUUCUCGUAGACAAGGAGCCUGGAGGCUCCGACGAGCGGGAAGGGCGCUGGUCCGUUAUUGACCCGACCAAAGAAGACACCAGCCGUCUUGCUGCUAUCACUUGCUGGGAAGUGGUUCAAGGGUUCUAUGACGCUUUGCCACAGCUGAGCUCUUCCAACAUCUCUUCAAUUGAUUUUCACCUUUGGGCAGAGUCAUUCGGAGGGCAUUGGGGUCCUGCCUUUUACACUCUGUUCAAUGAGCGCAAUUCUGAGCUUGAGCAGAGCACCCCAGUUGGACGUAAGCUCAACUUGAAGAGUCUUGGCAUUGUGAACGGCAUCGUGGAUGAGCAUGUGCAGACCAAAUACUUGCUUGACUUCACUCGAGGCGAAAACAAUGGUUACGGUGUCGAUCUCAUCAACGAAACGAUAUAUAAUUACGGCAAGUGGAACCGAGAUCGCCCUGGGGGCUGCCAAGAGAAGCUUGACUACUGUGACUAUCUUGAACGUGACUCGAUCGUUCGAAGGUCGGCUUGUUCUGCUGCACAGUUUAUCUGCCAAUCUGAUGUUGAGGGCAUGUUCUACACCUUCAAUCUGGAAGGCCGUGGAACAUACGAUAUUAUUUGUAACAAAACUGACUUAAGUGAGCAGCCCUGGCUGAACACCGCUCAAGCACAAAACGCCCUUGGUGUUGAUCUGAACUACACGUCAAACAAUUUGCUCUAUACUGCCUAUACCCUUUCAGGUGACUUUGCAGUCGGAUAUCUUCCGGAUGUCGAAAAGCUUCUUGAACUUGAUGUCCAGGUGUCGUUGGUUUAUGGAGACGCUGACUACAUCUGUAACUGGCUGGGCGGCGAGGCGCUCUCACUUACAGCCAACUGGUCUGGGGCCGAAAGCUUCCGUGACGCAGGCUACACCAGUUUGAUGGUGGAUGGUGAAGCGUAUGGCGAAACUAGGCAGUACGGAAAACUUAGCUUCACUCGGGUUUGGAAUGCUGGGCACGAGAUUCCUUACUUUCAACCAGCUGCAGCCUUCCAGAUCUUCAACAGAACAAGCAAUCGUUUCGAUAUCGCCACGGGAGAAAUCAAGAUCAGCCCUGAUAGCACGUAUCAGACGAAUGGAACUGCCAAGACUACCAAAACAACCUCACUUCCGCCCUUGACGGCACAGACAGGGGCUUGA